CUCUUGUCUCAGAUCAGCUGUCCGCCGCUCUGCCUGCUGCUGGAGCGUCUCACCGCGGAGAGCUGCUGUCCUGAGAGCUGUCGGCGGCCAAACAACAGACUGCCUCAGGUCCUGAGAGGAACACACACACACACACACACACACUCACACACACUUUCUGGACUCGGACGUUGGUUCUACUUUUACAAAGGUCACUUUCCCCAAAUUGCGGCUGUUUUUGAGGCUAAACUACCGUAAAGUGGAGCUGCACCUCAUCAGACACUCUCUGCUGGUUAGCGUGGAUCUGUUCCACUCAGCACCAUGGACGGCUGAGCCACUCUGUUCACCCACCCUACAGAUCACAAUCACACACCUCAGACCUUCAACACAGCCAGGCUCCACUCAUCAAUCAUCUUUGAUUUCCUGCCAGAGAUUCAGAUACUGGGAUGAAUAAUCCCCUAACAGUUGCAGACAGAGAGGAAAGGAAUGGGAUAUGACUCCAGGUGAUAAGGAGAAGGAAGUCUUCAGUUUAACAAAGAACAUAGAUGAAUAUUUGCCAUGCUACAUGGGAAGGCUCUAAACUCCACCCUGCUCUUGCUCCUCAUCCUCAUCAUCUUUACCACUGCCCAUGGUCACUCCUACCCUCGUUUUUCCCGUAAUGACACUGAAUUCCAGCACCUGGUGCUCCACCCAGACCCCUCCGUGGGGACGGUGUACGUGGGGGCCAGGGACCACCUCUUCCAGCUGGACGGAUCAGACGGACUCCGGCUGGACCAAGAGGAGACGACCGGUCCCGUGAGCGACAGCAAAGACUGCCUUCCCCCAGUCACUGAGUUGAACUGUCCCCAGGCCAGGAGAACCAGUAAUCAUAACAAAUUACUGCUGGUGGAUCCAAAGGCGUUGGAGUUGAUCACCUGCGGCAGUAUCCACCAGGGCACCUGCCAGAAACGGAGCCUGGCAUCCAUCAAGAAGGUCCUCUUCUCCACCGAGAGGCCAGUGGAUACGCAGUAUGUUGCGGCCAAUGAUCCGUCAGUGUCCACUGUGGGGCUGGUGGUGGGCCUUCGUGGCGGGGAAAGGACAGUGAUGUUUGUGGGUAGGGGCUAUACAGCCAGCCACCCACCCAUCUCCACCCGCCACCUUUCAUCGGAACCCAUCUUUUCCUACGAGGAGACGGCUAAGCUGGCCGUGGCCGGGCGUCUGUCAGAAUACGACCACCAUUUUGUGAUGGCGUUCACACGGCGUACGUAUGUGUACUUCUUGUUUUACCGCCGUGACAUCAAGUCAACAUUGAGGGAGUACCGGACCUAUGCCGCGAGAGUAUGCCUGGAUGACACCUCCUAUUAUUCCUAUGUGGAAGUUCCCCUUGUUUGCCGAUCGCCUUCAUCUCCCUCCAGGACUUACAACCUGCUGCAGGCUGCCCAGGUGGGCCAAGGUGUGGGCAGGGAAGGCGAGGAUCUGCUGGGAGUGUUCUCCACCCGCGUCGGCUCCACAAACAACAGCCCCUUGGAUGCCUCGGCUCUGUGCGUUUACCCGCUGGAUGAGCUUGACAGACACAUCAACUCCACCCGAGACCUCUGUUACACCCAGGACGGCCGGGUGGAGGGAAGAGGAGAGGUGGCCUACAUAGAGUACGAGGUCAAGUCCAGCUGUGCCAACCUGCCCAUGAAUACCCUUAAGGCCUAUGCUUGCGGCUCUGACCACACCCCCAGUCCAAUGGCAAGCCGGGAACCGCUGGAAGCUAAGGCUGUGUGGCACACAUCAGCUGCCCGUCUCACAGCUGUGGCCGUCAGUGUCAGACAGGGACACAGCAUCGCCUUCCUCGGAGACUCCAAAGGGACUCUGCACAAGGUAUAUCUGGGCCAAGAUGGCCAGGUGGAGGUAUAUGCUAACAUGACGAUCCAGCCCAACUCACCCAUUAACAGUGACCUUUUACUGGACCAGAAUGGAGCACACAUCUACAUCAUGACAAAAACUACUGUAGAGAAGCGUCCAGUUGCAGAAUGUGGAGAUCACCUGGACUGUCAGUCCUGUCUGUCUGCCAAAGACCCUUACUGUGGCUGGUGUGUCCUGGAGGGACGGUGUGGUCAGCGCUGGGAGUGCCAGCGAGGGUCUGAGCAGGGCCAGUGGCUGUGGAGUUUUAACCAGAUGCAGCAGUGCCUCAGUAUCCAGCACCUCAGCCUCUACAACAUCAGCCGUGGGGAGAAAACUGAUAUUACAGUGUCAGUAGAGGGCCUCCCCAGUCUAGGAAAAGGAGAGGCCUACUCUUGCUUCUUCCAGGACACAGAAAGCCCAGCCUCACUUACCAACACUGGUGUUACAUGCUCUACCCCUGAUGCCAGCAGUCUGCCCCCCAUUGGCCACGGAGAUGAGUUUGUGAUGGUGACCCUGUCGCUGCGUUUCAUCAACGUGACGGUGGCAGAAACAGAAUUCACCUUCUACAACUGCAGCUUGGUCCAGCAGCUCUCUGGGCGCAGGCCAUGCCAAGGGUGUGUCAGCAGUCGCUGGGGGUGUAACUGGUGCAUCCACCAGCAUGUCUGCACACACAAACACACGUGCAGCCAGGGUGUCACCAUCUACAACCAAAAUUUCAAACCGCCAACACCCACCAUCCCACCACCCACCAGAAAACUGACCCCUUUACCUCCUACUGUGGGGGCUGCUACAACAACAACAAGACCAACAACAACAACAGCAGCCGCAACACAGCCACCACCCACAGUGACACCUAGCCCCACCGCAGCAGCUGUCCCUUCAACUACCACCAUAGUGACACCACACACCACUCAUAACGCUGAAUCCACCUCGCCCCUUACCACGGCCACAACUUCCCCUUUUGUCAGAAUCUUCACCCAGGCGACCACCACCAUUCACACUGAUGUCACCACCACAGGCGGCUCCCUCUCUGAUUGGGAGGAAGUGACAGAGGGAAUUGGCGGCGCUACAGGUUUUUCAGAGGAUGAGGAGACUGAAACUGGGGCUGUCACUGACGAAACCCUCCACACUACACUACCCAGCAGCACUAGUGGCCAGGUAGACACAGACUUGAGAUUUUUAGAGCCAUCUGGUGAAUCGGUGGGCUCUUCCUCCGGUGUGAGCUCAACCACCUCCAGUGAAGUGGGCCUUUUAAUAGACCUCCCUGUCAGUGACAAUAAGGAGGCCAUUCCUCUGGCCAGCUCUGACGAGAAUGACUCACCUCUGUGGUUGAAUGAGUGGGAGAAGCCAGAGGAAGAGACAGCCACAGACUCUGCAACAGGUGUAUCUCUUGCAGGCACCAGCAAGAAGUGGUUCAUCUACACACAAACACCUGAAACGGUUACUGACCCCGACUCUGAAUCUGCAACAAACUUCCAAUCAGAUUCUUGGACUGACUCUUAUGUUCGGGAAUGUCCGUGUGUGGAGAGAGUUCAGGAUUCUUCUCUGCUGCCUGUCAAUGUGGAGAGGAAAGUCACUCUGGUGGGGCAACAUCUAAACCUGUUCCAGGAUGAGAGUUUGGACUACGAGUGUGUGUUGGACGUUGAGAAUCAGUCAGUGGUGGUGGAUGCCUCUGUGGAGCCAGAUGCCACACAGCAGACACUCUUCUUUAUCACCUGCCAACCCCACCAGUACGCCUAUUCUUCCAAGAUGGAGGAAUACGCAGCCAUGAUCAACGUGAGGAGAAAGAACAACUUUCUUAUCGACAGCGCCGAGGAUCUGUAUGUGACUCUGUUCAAUUGUUCCGUGGGGCGGUCGGACUGCAGCCGAUGUCGCACUGCUGACCCAAAGUACGGCUGUGUCUGGUGCGGCGGUGCUGCGAGCUCUCGCUGCGUGUACCAGGACUCCUGCACUGAUGAGAUCCAGCGCACCUGUCCUGCACCUGUCAUUCACUUUUUGGACCCGGUAUCCGGCCCCGUAGAGGGAGGGACAGUAGUGACCAUUUCAGGCUCUAACCUCGGCCAGAGAGCUGAAGACAUCCAGAACUCAGUGACAGUAGCCGGGGUCCCCUGCAGUGUCAUCCACAGCAGAUAUGAAGUGUCCUCAAGGAUAGUGUGUGAGACUACGAGCAGUGGAGGAGAGAAGAGUGGUCAGGCCUCAGUCAAAGUGAGGGGAGGAGGACUCGGGCUGUCUGCUCAGAUCUUCCGCUUCCAGAAUCCCGUGCUAAGCAGCAUCUUCCCACAAAGGGGGCCCAAGGCGGGGGGUUCGUCUCUCACCAUCAGGGGCCGGAGACUGAGGACGGGACACCCGAGCGAAGUCAGCGUCUUAAUCGGAGGAGUGCCAUGUGUGGUGCUAAACAUUCAGGAGGAUCAGAUCAGCUGUCUGACCAGAGGCAGCAACAGAACCGGAGAGCACGGUAUCACUGUGCGGUUUGGUGGGGCAGAGCGACACCUGCAGGGUUUGGUCUAUCAUUACACCCCCAACCCCAACAUCACAAUGGCUGCUCCGUCCAAAAGCUUCCUCAGUGGAGGCAGAAUCAUUAGAGUCUCUGGUCAGAACCUGGAUGUGGUCCAAGAGCCCAAAAUGAGGGUCACCCUCAGUCCUCCCGAUACUCUCCCUCCGAGGAGGAGAAGGGGCAUCGAUAGGAGGAAUGGAGUAAGCCUGAGCAAAGGACGGGAUCAUCGGGGUGCACUGAAGAGAUGGAGGAGGAUCGUCCCAGAGGCGGACUGCCCCGAGGGCACACUCUGUCAUGUCAAACAGUACGAGUCUCGCUGCACAGUGAACAGCUCCUCCCUCAUCACGUGUCCGACUCCGGCGGUGGGUUCGGAGGCCAGGAGGGCCAGGGUCAAAGUUCACUUUCUGUUGGACAGCCUCCACUUUGACUUCAGUGCUGCGGGGAACGAAGCCUUCAGCUAUGAGCCCAACCCGCAGCUCUACCCUCUGAACCAGAAUGACCCGAACAAACCGUACCACCACAAACCUGGCAGCAUCAUCUCUGUCGAGGGAGAGAACCUGGAUCUAGCCAUCUACAAGCAUGAAGUGGAGGCUCGGAUAGGGGAGGGGGUGUGUUCGGUGAAGACCCUGACCCACAACCACUUGUACUGUGAACCGCCGGCCCAGCAGCCCUCAGUCAUAGCCGGCAACAAACAGGAUGGCAUGGACAGUCUGCCUGAGUUCACAGUGAAAAUGGGGAAUCUGAACUUCACUCUGGGCAGAGUGCAGUAUGACAGCCAGGCCCAGUCUACAUUUCCUCUGGAGGCUCAGGUGGGAGUCGGGGUGGGAGCCUCCAUAGUGGCUCUCAUUGUGCUCAUCAUAGUCCUCAUAUACAGGAGGAAAAGCAAACAGGCCAUGAGGGACUACAAGAAGGUGCAGAUCCAGCUGGAGAACCUGGAGACCAGUGUGAGAGAUCGCUGUAAGAAGGAGUUCACAGACCUGAUGACAGAGAUGAUGGACAUGUCCAGUGAUCUGGUGGGUUCAGGGAUUCCCUUCCUGGAUUACCGGGCGUACGCCGAGCGCAUCUUCUUCCCGGGCCAUCAGGAGUCGCCACUGAGACGAGACCUGGAUGUUCCAGAGAGUCGGAGGCAGACGGUGGAGCAAGGGCUGGUUCAGCUGUCCAAUCUGCUCAACAGUAAACUCUUUCUCACCAAGUUUAUUCACACUUUGGAGGUCCAGCGGACGUUCUCCCCAAGGGACCGUGCUUAUGUGGCCUCUCUGCUGACUGUAGCCCUGCAUGGUAAACUGGAGUACUUCACAGACAUCCUGAAGACACUGCUUAACGAUCUUGUGGAACAGUAUGUGGCCAAGAACCCCAAACUGAUGCUGAGGAGAACGGAGUCGGUGGUUGAGAAGCUUUUGACAAACUGGAUGUCCAUCUGUCUGUUUACCUUUCUGAGGGAGUCAGCAGGGGAGUCGUUCUACAUGCUGUUCAGAGCAAUAAAGCACCAGGUGGACAAGGGACCUGUGGACGCCGUGACAGGAAAAGCCAAGUACACGCUGAAUGACAACCGGCUGCUGCGAGAGGACGUGGAGUACCGCACGCUGACCCUAAACGUUGUGAUGCCAGCUGCAGCCGCCAGCGGAGGCACUACUACCCAGACGGUCCCUGCCAAAGUCCUGGACUGUGACACCAUCACCCAAGUGAAGGAGAAACUUGUGGAACAAACCUGGAAGGGGACCUCCUUUUCCCAGAGGCCACACAUAGACUCAUUACACCUCGAGUGGCGUGCAGGUGUUGCAGGUCACCUAAUCCUAUCAGAUGAGGACCUGACGUCAGUAGUGCAAGGCUCAUGGAAGCGCCUCAAUACACUGCAACACUACAAGGUCCCCGAUGGAGCAACAGUGGCCCUCGUCCCCAGGAACACCAAACAUCACCUCCAUGACAGCCAUGAUUACAUGCCUGGAGAAAAGACCCCUAUGCUUGACGACGGGGAAGAGGGAGGAGUGAGGCUUUGGCACCUCGUCAAAGCCAGCGAGGAGUCCGAGCUGCCCAAGCACAGGAGAGGCAGUCUGAGGGAGAGGGGCGGCGAGAGGGCCAAGGCUAUCCCUGAGAUCUAUCUCACACGGCUGCUUUCCAUGAAGGGAACACUGCAGAAGUUUGUGGAUGAUUUAUUCACCGCGAUCCUCAGCACCAGUCGUCCUGUACCUCUGGCUGUCAAAUACUUUUUCGAUCUGUUGGAUGAGCAGGCCCUGCAGCACAACAUCACAGACCCUGAGACCAUCCACAUCUGGAAGACCAACAGUUUACCCCUGCGGUUCUGGAUCAAUAUCCUCAAGAACCCACAGUUCAUCUUUGACGUGCAGACCUCAGACCACGUGGAUGCUGUGCUGUCCGUCAUUGCCCAGACCUUUAUGGAUUCCUGCACCAUCGCUGACCACAAACUGGGACGGGACUCUCCCAUCAACAAGUUGCUCUACGCCAGAGACAUCCCGCGCUACAAACAGAUGGUGGAGAGGUACUAUGCAGACAUCCGUCAGACCAUCUCUGCCAGUGACCAGGAGAUGAACUCUGCUCUGGCAGAACUCUCUCGCAAUUAUACUGCUGAGGUCAACUGCCUUGUGGCUUUACAUGAGCUGUACAAGUACAUCAACAAAUACUAUGAUCAAAUUAUCACAGCCCUGGAAGAGGACUCCACAGCCCAGAAGAUGCAGCUUGGUUACAGGCUCCAACAGAUUGCUGCUGCCGUAGAAAACAAAGUCACAGAUCUAUGACCCCGAGGACACGAUAGAUCUUUCCUUGAACCUUAAAGCAGAGGACAAUGACAGAAGGUUCCAUCUCCUUUUUAAGACAAGGGAGGACAAAGGAACGUAGUGGCACUGUGAUUUUGCUGUCAUUUUGACAGACUCAUUUUUAGUGACGGGAGAAAUUAUCUUAAGAGGAUCACUGACAGUGGCCAUGUUUCCUGUCCCAUAUAAGACUCCCUUGAUAUUUCCACAGAUUCUUACACUGGGAGUAAAAUGGCACUGCUCUAAGGGGGAAAAAAGAGAAAAUGUGAAACACAGCACAUCAAAACAAAUUCCCUCUGAACGAUGAGAUCUCUCGUAAGGAUUUCCCAUGUUGAAUUCGCACUAAAGGGAGAAUAUGAGAAGAGAUCUUUUUGUUUUUCCUACGUGUCUUGGUGGAAGAUUUUCUUGGCAAAGUGCACAUUCCUAUUACAGCUAUACUUACUAGUCUUGUGCUGAGGCAUGGAUGCUGUAGGUGUGCUGGAUGAAGAAACCGUAAAGGAGGAGAAAAAGGGAAAAGGAGGAUGUCAACGGCUACGGUUUUCUACCACGUUGUGUCAAAGUCUUACCUAAAGGACGAACAGAUAAUGACACUGUCAAAGUGCUGUGGAGGCCUGAGCAACCGCUCACUGUGUUCGAAGGAUGUUUUCAUUCUGCUUUUAGCUUCCUUAAAUCAUUCGACCAAGUCUUACUCUAUGAUGUUUAACUGGCUGUUACUGGACAGUUUGUUUUUCUGUGUAAACAAUUUCCCAGGAUAGGCUUUCUUUUUUUAUUUUUUAAUUGUCACAUCGCCACUCGUCCCUUUACUGCAAUUUGUAGAUGAUGCCUCAUGUAGUUUGAACUUAAAACCAGUGUUUUGUAAAAGUGAUGAUUUUUGCGGACGUAGUGCGUGAAUACUCUCAACCUACUUACUGCUAUUGUGAAUGUUCCUUUUCUUAAGUAAUGUUUCGCAGAUGUUGAUAUCUAGUUUGUAAAAAAAUGUUUUUCUAUGUAUUACCCAAGACAAUUGACCCUGGGUAAGUCCCGCGGCUUUUUUGUUCUGUGCUUCAAUAACAAUUGAGCCAAAUUUUGAAGAGGGUUGAAAAAUAAAAGCCAUAUAUAAUAUAUACAGUUAAAUCUUAAGUUAGCUAGCUAAUUUUACUGGAAUGCUAGUUAACUAGGUAGCUAAUUUAUGUCAAUCAUUAGUUAGCUAGUUAGCUAGCCAACAUUUUUCUAACAUUUAAAUAACAAUUUAGCUGUUAACAUUCUAACAGCUAUAUUAAGGUGUAAGUAUAUAAGUGUCGCUUUAAUCUUCUAAGAUAGGCUAGCUUAGCUUGUUUUUGGAGCACAGAGCAAAAAGGGGCGGGGCUUAAGAAGGGGUCAAUUUGGCAGAGCUAAUUCAUUAACUGAUCCGUCCUCAAAAAAAGCCAUGAAAGUAAAAUCUUCUACUUAACUUUAACUAUAGACAAAAUCUGUAAUAGCACUGCUGUAAUCUGUACUAAUUCAGUGAAAAAUUAUGAUCCUAGCACGACUUAUUAGGAAAUAAAUACAAAUACAUGAAUAAGGUGACUGAGGUGACUGUGAAAUAUUGUAGAAUACAGUUGCUACAUAUUUAUACAGUUAUUUCUCAUAUAUGUGCAUUUUAUAGAUUUAUUUAAAUUGCGUUGUCCAGUUUAUUUUCAAUGUAAGUCAGGUUUGAUCAUCCAUAUGACAUGUUCUGGCUAUUUUCUGUUUUUGGAUUUAAACAUUUUUCACAUAGCCAGUACUCAAGUGAAUUGUUAAGUUUUCCUUGAGGUUUGUUGACUAGACCGAAGUCGCACCCGUAAAUUUAGUCUGUAACUGUAUGACCCUUUAACGACGGGCUUUUCCAGGCUGAAGGAAAUCGAGGAAACUGCACUGGUUGGUUGUUAGUGCAGGAUUGUUAUUUUUUUUUACACAAACAUUUCACGCUGACAGAACAACUUUGAUUUUAAGCUUUAAUUUGCAUUUAUGUUGUUGGUGUCAGAGCGGAUGCCAGAUUUGAACAGUGUUACGGCAGAGCAAAGCUUUUAGAAAUUCCUCCUUUCCUCUCAAAAUUGAAAUCAGAGAGUAUGAUUAAUGAACAAAGGUGCCUGUGUUUCCUGUCGCUUUGUGAUGCCACAUGUGAAAGUCUUUUUGCUAGUUUUUUCCAAUUUAAUUUAUUUUGUAUUUAUUUUAUUGCUACAUGUUGUUGAAUAUCUUUUUUCUGACAUAUAAAAUAACAGCGGUUAUACCCCUUCUUAGUCAGAUGUUGCAUUCACUAUCAUGUUUUGGUUUUUUUUCGAAGAAAAGUAAGAGCCUUUUUUUUAUCCAUUGACUGGCUCUUAUUAUAGAUGUGAGAAAAUCAAAUUCACAGUCAGCCGUCUGAAAUUCUCGAUGCUCUCCUUUUAUAAUUUGCAUCCGUUUUAGAGGCAAUAGGGAAAUAUGAUUUUUAAUGUUGCAAGCGAUUAUUCUGUACAUUAAAAAAAAAACAUUAUCACCAUCCUUUGCCAUGCACAUUAGUGUUGCGUGUGGCUUACUUGUGUACGCAAAGCUCCGUUCUGAUGUUUCACCAUUUUUCUUGUAGAUACAUACUGCUUCUUAAGUGCUUCUGACUUUAGUGUUCUCUAACUAAUUGAUAGGAAGAACCUAACAACAACUUAAUGUGAUCCAAUAAAGUGCUCCCGGUGUUAA